GUCAUCUCUGUUGGCCAAAGUGCGUCAUCUCCGCUGGCCACAGUUAAACGCCGUUCGCGGGGCUACACUCUAUAUGGGUUAGACGUGAAUGAUAGGCUGUCUAGCGUCCUCACCCAUCCUACAGUCAGAUGCCUCUCACUGGCAUGGCAGCCUCGGCGUUUUUAGCAAGGACUGUUCGUUCCUUGUGUGUGACACUACGAGUUUCAUCGCAGGUCACAGGAAAACCUCAGGCAGUCAAGAGUUACCGAAGGAACAGACUCCCCUGCAUAAGUCCUGCUGCAUGUGUGCACACAGGGGUUUCUCAGAACACUGCUAUUCCAAAUAUAACUGUUACAGAUGAGCCAGACACUCUGUACCAGACAGUGGCCGUGCUGGUGAAGGGCCACGACCGUGCUGUUCUGGACAGCUAUGAGUUCUUCGCCACAUUGGCUGCACAGGAGCUGGGCAUUAACAUUGGCAAAGUAAGCGAACCAAAAAAGACCAUUGAGAGAAUGACCCUCCUCAAGUCUGUUCAUAUCUACAAGAAGCACAGAGUUCAGUACGAGAUGAGGACCCACUAUAGGUGCAUAGAGCUGGCACGUCUGACAGGCUCCACAGCUAAGGUGUACCUAGAAUAUAUUCAGCGGAAUCUGCCGGAAGGAGUGGCCAUGGCAGUAACCAAGACUGAGCUAUUGAAGAUUCCAGAGCACAUCAAGCAACCCAUGUGGGACUCCCCAGGUGGAACAGACCAGCCAAAGACAACUGAGCAGUGUGAAGUAAAUGCACCCUCUGGAUGAACGAUUGACCGCUGAUUUCCACACCGAUUUCCUGAUUUUGCUGAAUGUGGGCGUCCCGAAACUACUGUGUCCUCAAUAUGUUCUGUCUUCUAAACCUACUGCAGACUAGUAUGGCGCAAUAAAAUAGAAGUCUGUCCUUGUAAUAAAAAUAUAACAACUGGG